CCAUGAGGAUUGCUUAGGCUGAGAGUACAGAUCAUUCUUUACCACUGUGUGUGUUCCUUGAUUGUGGUGGCGGGUCCUCUGGACUCCAGAAAUCCACGUGGGUGGUGGCCCCUGACCUGGGCUUGUGCCAAGGAAAAAUCUCUGGACUGCUGUUCUGACAAGUCCUAUUGAACAAGGAGCCCUUGUCUUGACUUAGGCAUACAACUGAAUCUCACCACGAACCAGCCACUAUAGGGAGAGACCUUGCCCAUAGCCAAAGUGGGCUUCCUUGGGUUGGGGAGAGGGUGCACGGUGGGCAGUGCGCAAAGGUUCUAUGCUGCCGUUUGUGUCAAUUCCUCCCCCUUGUGAAGAAUGCCUGUGCUUUCCACAUAGGCCCAAAGAACUUCACUCUGGGUCUACUUCAGGUGGAAAAAAUCAGCUUUAGAUCAUGGGGCUCUACAUAAGGUUUCUUUUCUGUGGAGAAAGUAGUAAUGCUGCUAAAAAUUGUUAAGCUUGAAAACUUCCAGGAAGACUUGUUCCAGUCCUGACUGGUCCAGGUGAAUUCACCAGGGAUGCUGCUCUUUCUCAGGGAGGACCCCAAAGAUAACUUCUCUGAUGUGGGAAUCAAUAAAAGGGUUUGUUAGUCCCUGCUAUGAAGCAUCUGGGCCUUCAAAAUUCUAACCCCACUACGGUCCAGAGGCAUGCUAAUCCUCCUGGGAGCUAAGAGCUGAAGUCCGGGUACUGGCCCUGCCGCCUCCAAACUUAGGGGUCAUCAUGCCUUGCUUGGAUAAGGCCAGAGUAAGCUCAUGGUGUCCUGAGGGGUUAGAACCUGUGUGCAUCUUUCUAGGACCACUCAGAGCUGAGGGCUGAGAGGGUGGGGUAUUCUUUUAGUCUGUGGGAACAAUGGGCUUACGGGCGUAUGGCCGGGCAUUGCCCGGAGCCCAGGAGACCGCUCUCCAUCGGGACAACCGUCCCAUUUCCCUACGGCUUCGGUCUUCUCGACACUCCCGAGGUGCAGAGAAGCCUGCCCUGAUAGAACAGGGCUGAGGAGCCCGUGCCCGGCGCGCUUCGCACCAGAUCUGGCUUCGGACCAUAAUGUCUUAUCUUGCCCCACAAAGGGGCCAGCCGGCGGCAUAGCUACUGCGGGUACCUGCCGAAUCCUUCCGGGAGCUACUGGAGAGAUACCACUGACAGAUCAGUCUCGCGCUCAGCCCCAGGAAUCUCUUCGGUCGUUAAGUCCCGCCCCCAUGGCUCGUCCAAUCCAGACCCAGCUCCCGGGCUCCGCCUCCACGUACCUUAUCACCACUUCCGGUUCGCUCACGGAAGUUGCGCUGUGGAGCCAAAUUUGAAGCCCGCGGGGGCGCGGGGGCGCGGCCGCGAAGCUGGACCCGUCGAGGUUUCCUUGGCUGCCUGAUCCCCUUUAGAUCAGUCGUCAUGCCUAUCCGUGCGCUGUGCACCAUCUGCUCCGACUUCUUCGACCACUCCCGAGAUGUGGCCGCCAUCCACUGCGGCCACACAUUCCAUCUUCAGUGCCUAAUUCAGUGGUUUGAGACAGCACCAAGUCGGACCUGUCCACAGUGUCGAAUCCAGGUUGGCAGAAGAACCAUUAUUAAUAAGCUCUUCUUUGACCUUGCCCAAGAGGAGGAGAGUGUCUUAGAUGCAGAAUUCUUAAAGAAUGAACUGGAUAACACCAGAGCCCAGCUUGCUCAGAAAGAGAAGGAGAAAAAGGACAGUCAGGUAAUCAUUGACACCCUGCGGGACACGCUGGAAGAGCGCAACGCCACCGUGGAAUCCUUGCAGAAUGCCUUAGACAAGGCCGAAAUGCUGUGCUCCACCCUCAAGAAGCAGAUGAAGUACUUGGAGCAGCAACAGGACGAGAGCAGGCAAGCCCAGGAGGAGGCACGCCGACUCAGGACCAAGAUGCGAACCAUGGAGCGGAUUGAGCUCCUGCUCCAGAGCCAGCGACCCGAGGUGGAGGAGAUGAUCCGAGACAUGGGUGUGGGACAGUCCGCGGUGGAGCAGCUGGCUGUGUACUGCGUGUCCCUCAAGAAAGAGUAUGAGAAUCUCAAAGAAGCUCGGAAGGCCUCAGGGGAGCUGGCGGACAAACUGAAGAAGGACUUGUUUUCUUCCAAAAGCAAGUUGCAGACAGUCUAUUCUGAACUAGACCAGACCAAGUUGGAGCUGAAGUCGGCCCAGAAGGAUCUACAGAGUGCUGACAAGGAGAUUGUGAGCCUGAAAAAAAAGCUAACGAUGCUGCAGGAAACCCUGAACCUGCCACCAGUGGACACUGAGACUGUCAACCGCCUAGUUUUAGAGAGCCCAGCCCCUAUGGAGAUGCUGAGCCUAAAGCUUCGCCGACCAGCCUUUGGUGAGGACAUUGACCUCAAUGCCACAUUUGACGUCAACACCCCUCCAUCCCAGGCCUCCAGCAUCCAUCAUGGCCGUGCCAAGAAGCUCUGCCAAGAGAUAGCACGCUCUCCCGUUCAAGACAUCCCCAAGAAGAUGGCCAAAGGCCCCAAGCAGGAGUCCCAGCUCUCACUGGGCGGCCAGCGCUGUGUGGGAGAGCCAGAUGAGGAGCUGGCCAGUGCCUUUCCUGUCUUCAUCCGGAAUGCCGUCCUCGGCCAGAAACAGCCCAAAAGAGCCAAGGCAGAGCCCUGUCGCAGCACAGAUGCAGUAAGGACAGGCUUCGAUGGACUUGGAGGUCGGACAAAAUUCAUCCAACCUACUGACACAUCUACGAUCCGCCCACUGCCUGUGAAACCCAAGCCCAAGACUAAGCAGAGAGUGACGGCGAGACGAGCGCUCCCUCCCUCCCAGGCCAAGCUGGACACCUUCCUGUGGUAGUGAGAACAGUGAGCCAGACCAAUGGCCAGAUAUUGUGCCUCCAAGUUACAGGCCAGGACUGGCUCAGCAGGGGGCAUGGGGGGCAUGGCCCCUCUUCCAGGACCAGCCCCAAGGGCAAGAGUAAACAAAAAGAUGGGGGUGAGGGUGAGGCCCAGAAGCCUUGCUUUUCCUGCACUCACCCUGCCUGUCCCCCCCACCCCAACUGGGUCUACCAUAUUGGGCCUACGUGUGCCUCCUUGUUCAAGGCUCCUGUUUAUAGCCGAUGUGGCUAGGCUGCUGCUGGUUCUCAAGACUAAGGUCUUUUGUUGACUGUGUGGACCAAAGUGCCUGGGGCUUCUUGCAAUUUCAGCCUGCCCCGCUUCUGCCUACUUCUGACUUGGUGCUAGGCAUGGCCAGAGCUGAGCAGGAUGGGGAUGGUGGUAGGGAGAGGAUGGUUGGGCGGGGGAGGGGAGAUUUCUAUGUAAAAUAAAAAAGAUAGA